GUACACAGGAGCGAGCUCGUGCGAUCCGGAGUCACUCCUCCUCCUCUCCCCCCUUCCUCGGCAUCCUUCCAGUAGCCACCCACUCCCACUCCCACCCAGCAGCUCCCAGCUUGACUGGCAGCGCCCAAACUGGGUGGGGAGGCUCUAUGCAGCUCGAGAGAGGAGGGGAAGAAUCUACAGCUGCCUGCUCGCUCUGAUCGCGUUUUCCUCCGGGAGCCAUCGGUUCUUCCAAGGGCAAGGAGAAGAGGGGGGAGGGAGAGAGGGGGGGCUUGAAAGACGAAGGUCGCGGCUCCUCAUCGGGGAAGAAGCCCCCGCUAGCAGCAGCACCCACCGCGCCAUCGCCCUUUCUCCGCCAGGCGGCAUGAACACCUGCGAUGUCAAGGAGUAUCUGGCCAGGAAGGAGAUCCCACAGCUCUUCGAGAGUUUUAUUAAUGGAUUAAUGUGCUACAAACCUGAUGAUCCAAUAGAAUACCUGGAAGGAUGUUUACAGAAAGUGAAAGAACUGGGAGGAGCGGAAAAAGUGAAAUGGGACACUUUUGUCAGUCCAGAAAAAAGGAUUCUACCUCCACUUAAUGGCAGCCAAUCAAGAAGGUCAUUCUUCAGGAAUGUGAUGCCGGACAACCCUAACUUUCCUUAUCGACGGUAUGAUCGACUCCCUCCAAUCCACCAGUUCUCCAUAGAAAGUGACUCAGAUCUCUCAGAAACAGCUGAGCUCAUUGAGGAAUAUGAUGUCUUUGACCCUACAAAACUUCGACCUAAAAUAAUUCUUGUCAUAGGUGGCCCUGGAAGUGGGAAGGGAACCCAGAGUUUGAAAAUUGCUGAACGCUAUGGAUUUGAAUACAUCUCCGUAGGUGAAUUGUUAAGAAAGAAGAUCCACAACACAAGCAGUAACAGAAAAUGGAGCCUGAUUGCUAAAAUAAUUACGACAGGAGAAUUGGCCCCACAGGAAACAACUAUUACUGAGAUAAAGCAGAGAUUAAUGCAGAUCCCUGAUGAAGAAGGUAUUGUUAUUGAUGGAUUUCCAAGAGAUGUGGCCCAGGCUCUUUCAUUUGAGGACCAAAUCUGCACCCCAGAUUUGGUAGUGUUUUUGUCUUGCUCAAACCAGCGACUGAAAGAACGGCUGAUGAAACGUGCUGAGCAACAGGGAAGGCCAGAUGACAACCUCAAAGCUACACAGAGACGCCUAAUGAAUUUUAAGCAGAAUGCUGUUCCGUUGGUUAAAUAUUUCCAGGAAAAGGAUCUGAUCAUGACUUUUGAUGCUGACAGAGAUGAGGAAGAAGUAUUCCAUGACAUAAGCCUGGCUGUUGACAACAAACUGUUUCCCCCCAAAGACCAUGUGGCAGGUCCAUGUGAACUUGAUCUUAAUCUCAUUGUAGACUCUGGAGAUAUUGCAGAUACAGAAUUUGGCUUUGAAGACCAGGUAUGUGACCAGUCAAAUCUUUCUGGACCUGAGAUUAUGAGAGAUUUUUCAAAAGAUAUGAAGAGAUCAAGCAUAAUAUUCGUAGUCGGUGGACCUGGAUCUGGCAAAGGGACCCAGUGCAAGAAAUUAGCACAAAAAUAUGGAUUCAUUCACCUGCCCACAGAAGAUCUCCUCAGGCAUGAAAUAUCAUUGUUGUCAGAAAGAAGUAAGACCAUAAGAGACAUCAUGGAAAGUGGCAAAGUCGUACCUGGGGAUAUUGUUAUGGAACUCCUGAAAGAAGCUAUGGAUGCAAAUUUAGGAGACACAAAGGUUUUCCUGAUUGAUGGUUAUCCUCUGGAAGUGAAGCAAGGAGAAGAGUUUCAGAGUCAGAUUGGAGAGCCAUCCCUGAUGCUCUGCAUGGACUGUUCCUCUGAGACAAUGAGCAGUCGUCUUCUGAAACAAAGUCAAAGCAACCAGUGCCUUGUUGACAAUGCUGAAGUCAUAAUGAAGCGUAUUGAAAGUUACUACCAGACAACUGAUCCUAUGAUUGGCUAUUAUGAAAACAAAAUUCCAGUAUUUAAGAUAAAUGCAGAAGGGACACCAGAAGAAGUUUUCCUUGAAGCAUGUUCCUCAGUCAACCUUUUUCUGAAGCAGGAAGAAACAGCAUCAUCUCUUUCACUCCACACACAGUAACUGCAGUUCUCUCCAACGCACACGCACACUCAACACAAUGGUUCUUGAAACACACUGCUUGAAGCAAUAGCUGCUGACUUGAAAGAUAUCUGGAAUUAGUGCAUGUUGUAAAUGUUGAAAAAAACAUUUAAUCUGUAUGGUACAGUAACUGCACAUGUAUCGUAUGCUAUCAUACAGUCUGCACUUUUCACAGGGUAAAAACAGAGCUAUUAUUUGUAUGGAUUGUGUCUUGUUCUUUUGUACUACCCAGUCAGCACUGAGUUCCUAAGUUCAUCAGCAGAACUAAUACCGCAGUUGUUCCUGCAAACAAAUAAUUCAGUUUUGGGGUUCUUUAAGCUUGCUCUUUAUUCAUAGUGCUUGAAAAAUCUGUUUUUCUGCCAUUUUAUCUUAUUGGUAGAACAUGCUUACCAUGACAGCAUAGUAACACAGAGCAGUAAAGUUUAGCAAUUCUCAGAAAAGCAACAUAAAUAGUUUACAUAACAAAUAGAUUGAAUAUGAAGCAAUUAACACCACAUGAGAAACCAACUCUGUUGGUAUUGCUACCAAGCUGGGUACAAAUGUUCUAUACAUUUAUGGCCAGGAUGAGUCUUAAUUUGAAAUAUCAUAUGGGAUAGGAAUAUGUGUUUGCUUCUUUAAAAAAAUCCAAUCCCAAAUAUUGCUGCUGACCCCAAAAUGUGUCAACAUAUGCUAAUUACUGCCAUAUUUGAGUGUUAAAAACAUGCUAAAUUUCUAACAGGUACACAUGCUAAAGGGAGGAAUGUAAUCAAUUUGUAUGUUGGUUGUUAUAUUUUUGACAAGUAAACAUGACAACUGUAAAUGCCAAUUUUGCAUUUUAAGCAGUUAUUUUUCAUUGCCUGAUAUUAAAUAUAAGUUAAAAGUGUGAAAGAAAUUGUUUAAUUUAAAUCAUCUGUAUUUUAACAAUCCAGUUCCAUACUUUUGCAUAAACACACAUGACAUCAUUUUCUUUGCAUCAAGCCAACCAAAACAUUGAGGGUUUGUGUACGCUAAGUAUGCUGUGCAUCAGCAUAUAAAGAAUAUUUGUGUUCUUAGAAAGUGACCAUUUUCCUCCUGGACCACUCCAGUGCAGCUUGCAUGAUUGAACUUUGUCAACAGUUGCAUUAUCAAUGAGCAUAUGAAGAAGAUUUGUAUUUUUCAGGUAACUUUUGUUGUAAUGAAGAUGUAAUACAAAUAAACGGAUGUACAAAUA